ACUAGGAAGUGAUUUUCUUCAAGGGUUACCGAGUUCAUGGAAAAAAAAUGAAAAUUUUCACAGACGCCGGGAAUUUUAUUUGGAACAAUAUACCUUAACGCAGAGUUACAUGUAUUUAUCCAGUCGACGACUAUGAUUCCUUAACGAUACAAAAGACAAAGUAUGUGCGUGGGUUUACGUAUGCAUUUAAAAUAAGCUCUGCUGCUCGGUAAGAUGCCAGGCCUCUGACCAGACGAAGGUUACAAUGAUGAAGGAGCUACAGUGUGGUCAUGGAGAAAAGAAUCAAUGUGCCCGAGGCGCAGCAAGCUUCUCCAUUUGUAAAUGCAUCUGUUGGCACUGAGGCCGCGGAGUGCGACCUAGCUACGUCAAAAAAUGUGAAGUCGAUGGGAUUCGUACUGGUGCACGCAGGAGCUGGUUACCACUCUGAAUCCAAAGCAAAGGAAUAUAAACAUGUCUGCAAGAGAGCCUGUCAGAAGGCAGUAGAAAAACUGAAGUCUGGUGCUCUUGCAGUUGAAGCGGUCACAGCAGCACUUGUAGAAUUAGAGGAUUCGCCAUUUACGAAUGCGGGCAUGGGUUCCAACUUAAACCUUUCAGGAGAAAUUGAAUGUGAUGCCAGUAUAAUGGAUGGAAAGUCCUUACAUUUUGGAGCAGUUGGUGCUUUAAGUGGCAUAAAGAAUCCGGUCUUAGUUGCAAACAGGCUAUUGAGUGAAGCCCAGAAAGGGAAGUUGUCAGCUGGCAGAAUUCCUCCUUGCUUUCUCGUUGGAAGAGGAGCAUAUUACUGGGCACGUGAUCAUGGGAUACCAUAUUGCCUUCCAGAAAAAAUGGCCACAAAGUUUAGUUUGUCAGCAUUUAAGAGGAACAAGCGGAAGAUGGAGUUGGCAGAAAAGGUGGAAACUGAAUUCAUACAGACAAAGAAAAGAAGACAAUCAAGUGAAAACGAGAAUGACUCAGGGUCUUUGGAUACUGUGGGGGCGAUAGUGGUGGAUCAUGAAGGAAAUGUGGCUGCAGCUGUUUCCAGUGGAGGCUUAGCAAUGAAGCAUGCAGGCCGAGUUGGUCAGGCAGCUCAUUAUGGAUGUGGUUGCUGGGCUGAAAAUGCAGGAAACUUGAAUACUUACUCCACAGCUGUGAGUACUUCAGGCUGUGGGGAGCACCUUGUUCGCACUAUGCUUGCCAGGGAAUGCUCAGCAGCCAUGCAGUAUGAAGAUGCUCAUCAUGCCUUGCUAGAGACUAUGCAAAAUAAAUUCAUUGGUUCCCCCUUCUUAUCCAGUGAAGACUGUGUUCUCGGGGGUGUGAUCGUCCUGCGAAGCUGCAGGUGUGUGGCGGAAGAGUCCUCUCCAGAUGUUCAGGCGCUCUUAGUGGAGUUCCUGUGGAGCCAUACAACAGAAAGCAUGUGUAUUGGAUACAUGUCAGCUCGUGAUGGCAAAGCCAAGACUCACAUUUCAAGACUUCCUCCUGGAGCUGUUGCCGGACAGUCGCUCGCCAUCGAAGGAGGGGUCUGUCGGCUGGGCAGCCUCAGCCGCUGAGACACAGCCUGACUGGUCCAACAGCAAUACAUACAGCCCCUGGCAACCAGCACGCUCAUAAGCUGUAGUGUUUUAACAGGUGUCUUGGGAGAGAUGUAGAUAUUCUGGGCUUUACUCAGUGCACUAUAAGUAACAUAAGAUUUAAUGCUGCUCUUCUCUUCAACCUUAGCCGUAUGCUGCUUUUUCUAAAUACAGAACCAAGAAAUUCUUGCCUCUAGUUUACGUGAAGGUAAACCAGAUGUUUCCUACAUUAGUUCCUUUGUUUUCUGUUUUCGUCUGCACUGUCUUUGCUAUGUAAGCUACGAUAGUGAAACGGUGGUUAUUAGCCACGUGCAUAAUAUUUAAAAACACGUUUGUUUUGAAUAUCUCGUUAGACAAGUGUGAAGCAUUCUUGAUGUGUUAAUCUAGUACUUGUAGCGCUAGUUAGUGUCAGGGCUCCAGUCAUCUCUCACAUUUUUCUUUUAACUUAAUCAGAAAAUGGCUAAGUGUUAUAGAGAAUAAUUUAGAGUAAUGUAGAUAGGUACAGUGUUUGUAUUAAAUAUAUGCUAAAUCUAAAUAUUGGGCAAGCUGUUGAUAUAGAAAAUAAGAUUAUGAUGACAGUUUAAUGAUUUGCAGUUGCUUCGUUGUAGCCUCAUUGACCUGGUUGACAGCUUUAUCUUGUAGAACUUGAAGAAUUCAAACUUGCAGAAAUGGGAAUUGAUUUUUAUCUCCAAUGACCAAUAAUGUCAUAGUCCAUUGCCCCACUGUUCUGCUGAAAAUGUGCAGCAAUGUAACAGUUUGCCCUUCUUCCCAGAGACAAAGAUGAAGCUAUUGCAAUACAAAUACAGUAUCAAAUCUACAACAUUUGUCAGCACUGAGUUGUGCUGGUGACAUUUGGAAGUUGUAGGCAAUACUUCUUUUUUCGAAAACUGAACCAAGUGCUACUUCAGGUAUGUAGGAAUAAUAACUGGAAAUAAUGCAGUUAUUAUUCCAGAAUACUGCAGGAAUAAUAAGACAAGGUCUCUUAGUUGACAGUCACGAUGACAAACCUUAUAUGCCUCUCAUGUUUUUAAUACUUAUUUCUUAAUAUACUAACUAACUUACAGUAUUUCUUACUUAUUAGUGUGCUCUCCUAGCUUUAGCAUCUUAAGACUUUUGUUCCUGUGGAGCUAUGACCUUUGCAGUCUUUAUUUGAAUCCCCAGUACCCUGUACAGGGAAUAAUCAUCCAGCCCAGUGUGCUGUCCCCUCAGUUAAAAAAACUUCACAUUUAAAACCAAUAUUAAUAAAUAUCUUCUAGAUCAAAAAUGUAGAAGAAAGUUAAUGCUUUGAUGCAUUGAUGCUUUAGUUUGUUUUUCUGUGUGAAUUAUAAAAAUGGAAUAAUCCAUGGUGAUAUGCCAUUACAACUGUACUGUAUACUUUUUGAUCCGUUAGCUUGAUGAUUGAAUGGUCUCAGAGGUUAGAAAAUUCUACCUAUUCUGUACUAAAAUGUAAAAGUUGCUGCAAGACUGAAUUUUUAAUUAAACUUAAAAAGACUGUUACUGAGUCCUUAACUCUAUUUGUAUAAUUACAUUAAAAUAGACCUGUAUUUUAUAUAUCUAUAUGUGUAUAUAUAAGCUUUACCUAGUUAUUUACAAAUCAUCUUGUGCAAUUUGGCAAGUUUUUAAAAUAAUUCAUAUUAAAGUGAAGAGAAAAGAUAGGCUGCACAUGCUGUAGACACACCCAUAUGAAAGAGUCAAUAGAAAUUUAAAUGAGCCAAAUUUGUUUGCUUUUAUUUAAAGGAGAAAUUCAAAACAUUUUAUUUCAUUUAUUUUUGACAGAUUUGAUCAAUAUUACUUUUAUUUUAAGCUCAGAUUUACGAAUGUUUUUUUAUGUUGUAUUCAUGACAUCGCACUUAAUUCAGCUUUAUUUGCAGUACUUGAAAUUGCUAUUUAAAAGAAGUUGGUGGUGAAAGCAUUUUCAAAUGAGAGUUUUAAAUGUUUCUCUCCUUGCAAUUCUUAAUAAAUCAUAUUUCUCAAUGUCA